GUGCGAGAGAAACCUGGCGGGUCUGUAUCCCGGAACAGAUCCGGGAGGGGCUUUCCGGGCCUGCGACGUUGGUGCGGACCCGGCCCCGACGGCUGGGGUAGGGACCCUGCUCUGCUCCGCGUCGACCAAUCUCGGUGACUUGACUCCUUGGCCCGGGAAACGGGGAUGGCAGGGUCUGCGGUGUCGGGACCUGUCAUUUACUCCAACCUUUAUAGUGAUGCUACAGGACAAAGGGGAAUGGAUAAAAACAUUGGCGAGCAACUCAAUAAAGCAUAUGAAGCUUUCCGACAGGCAUGCAUGGAUAGAGACUCUGCAGUAAAAGAACUACAGCAAAAGACUGAGAACUAUGAGCAGAGAAUACGUGAGCAAGAGAAACAGCUGUCACUUCAACAAAGUAUUAUUGAUGAGCUAAAAUCACAGUUACUUCUUGUGAAUUCCAGUCGAGAUAACAGUUAUGCCUGUGUUCCUCUGCUAGAAGACGGUGAAACAUGGAAGAAUAAUUUGACCAUUGAUCAGCUACACGAUAAAGUGAAAUCAGGAAUACUGAGAGAAAAACAACCAAAGGUAAGAAGACAAGAGCUUUCUUCUUCUAGAAAAGAAACUUCACCAAGGAGUCUUGGCAUUCCUUUAUUCCAUGAAAGGGGAAAUAUAGAGAAGACUUUCUGGGAUCUGAAAGAAGAAUUCCAUAGAAUAUGUAUUCUAGCAAAAGCACAAAAAGACCACUUAAGCAAACUUAAUAUACUGGACACUGCAACUGAAACACAGUGCUCUGUGCCUAUACAAUGUACGGAUAAAACAGAUAAACAAGAAGCGCUGUUUAAGCCUCAGGCUAAAGAUGAUAUAAAUAGAGGUACACCAUGCAUCACAUCUGUCACACCAAGAGGACUGGGCCAAGACGAGGAAGAUACCUCUUUUGAAUCACUUUCUAAAUUCAACGUCAAGUUUCCACCUACGGACAGUGACUCUCCUUUCUUACAUAGCACUCCAGAGAGACCCAAUAUCCUUGGUCCUGCCACAUCUGAGUUAUUAUGCCAGGACAAAUUUAAUAUGGAGCUCAGAGACAACCCAGGAAACUUUGUUAAAACAGAAGACACUUUAUUUGAAAUUCAGAGAAUUGACCCCAUAGCAUCAGCUAUACAAAACCUUAAAACAACUGACAAAACAAAACCCUCGAAUCUUGUAAACACUUGUAGCAGGACAGCUCUGGAUAGAGCUACGUGUUUGGCACCUGGAGACCAUAAUGCGUUAUAUGUAAAUACAUUCCCACUUCAGGACCCAUCUGAUGCACCUUUUCCCUCACUCGAUUCCCCAGGAAAAGCUAUCCGAGGACCACAGCAGCCCAUUUGGAAGCCCUUUCCUAAUCAAGACAGUGACUUAGUGGUACCAAAUGAUACAGACUCAGAACUGCAUAUACCUCGAGUAUGUGAAUUCUGUCAAGCAGUUUUCCCACCAUCUAUUACAUCCAGGGGGGAUUUCCUCCGGCAUCUUAAUUCACACUUUAAUGGAGAAACUUAAGACACAUUUGAAAAUAGACAUAUCAAGUUCUAUGCAAUGAUUUUGGGUUUGUAAUACUAUAAAUACUUGAUUGUAAACUAAAUUCAAGAACAUUUAUAGAAAAAUUUAACGUCACAGCUUUUUGAAUUUUUUUCUAACCUUAUUUUGUAACUUUCUUUUAUCUUUUAAAGAUCAUUCUGUACAGAACUGUAAUUCAUUGUAUUCAUUUUUAUAGUGUUAUUACCAUAAUUCUAAAUUAUGUAUGUGACUUACAGAGUUGUAUAAUCAUAAUUUAUGUUUGUUUCAAAUAUCUAAGCUUAUUGCUUGGAUUUCUAGUGAGAUUUGCUGAAUUUGGUGAUAUCAAAUGUUCAUAGGAUUUUUUUGUUGUUUUCAUUUAAAAAUUGAUUAUUUAUGCUAUAGAUGUUAUUUUUGAAUAAUAGGCAAUAGCAGACAACGUAAACAUCUAAGUAAAUGCCAAACCUAAGACAUUUGUUGUCCAAUGACAAAAUCACUGGUAGAAUUAUUUAAACACUUUAGAUUUUUUUUUAAUAAUAUAUAUGGCUUUAAUUUUUACUAUGUGUAUAGCUACAUGAUAAAAUGAAUUAAAUAUUAAAAGAGUUAUGUAUGUUGUCA